AUGAAGAGAUUUUACAAACCUGUAGUUGUAGAGGUGCCUAAUUUGCCGGUAGAGGUGCCCAAUUUGGAAAAGGAUGAUGAUAAUUCUCGACCACAAAAACAAAGACGUGUAGAAAUUAACUUGGAAAACCUUCCCGCUGAUCUUGGACUUCGACCCCGAAUUGGUGAUUAUAAUCCUAAUGAGCAAGACCAAAUCCGCAGAUACUAUUUGCAAAAGGGUCCCUUUCAACCACGUGACCAUACUUUUCCGCAGACGCUAUUUGUAAAUAAAUAUCGACGUAACAAGGCGUGGUGCAACCAGUUUCCUACGUGGAUAGAGUAUAGCAUAGCAAAAGAUGCCGCAUUUUGCCUUUAUUGUUAUCCUUUCAAGCCAGAGAUCAGAGAUCAAGCGGGCGGGGAUAAAUUUGAUGGUAAGGGUUACUCAAAUUGGAAGAAGAAGAAGAUAAUCAAUGAUCAUGUGGGAGGCCCGAAUAGUGCUCAUAAUCAAGCUUGGGGUAAGUGUGAGGACUUGAUAAACCAAAGGCAACAUAUUCAAACAGUAUUUGACAAUCAAUCAAACCAAGCUAGAAUUGAUUAUCGAAUCCGCUUGAAUGCGUCGGUUGAUUGUAUUCGGUUUCUCGUUAGACAAGGAAUUGCAUUUCGUGGUCAUGAUGAAUCUGAACAUUCAAGUAACCAAGGUAACUUUCUUAAACUUUUAAAGUUUCUUGCCGACCAGAAUGAAGAAGUCAAAGGUGUUGCAUUGGAUAAUGCUCCACAGAAUUUGAAGUUGAUUUCUCCUAAUAUUCAAAAGGACAUUGUAAGUGCAGCUGCUUUUGAAACUAUGAAAGCGAUUGUGAAAGAUCUUGAUGAUUCACUCUUUUCAGUUUUGGUUGAUGAAGCUGGGGACAUAUCAAUCAAAGAGCAAAUGGCAGUUGCAAUACGGUAUAUGGACAAAAAAGGUAAUGUGAUUGAGCAUUUUAUGGGCAUUGAGCACGUUGCAAAUACCGAUGCUCUCUCACUGAAGGAAGCAAUGGAGAUGUUAUUUUGUUGA